UCCGCUGGUAACACUGCGACGGCAAGCCUCUGUUGAACCUGUCUCAUCGCCGGGGUUGUUCAGUCAUCUGGUACUUCAAUGUACCUGGGUAAUCUGUACAUAGGUAGAUCUAGGUCCGUACAUACAUGAACGGAUCGCUGCGAUCCCGAGGAUCUCGCUCCUUGGCUUCGUUAUCUGCGUAUCCAAACAUGCAGAUCCUCCCAGCCCUGGCGCGUAAACUCAAAGGGUUGCAAGUUGCACCCUUUUCAUGGCGCCUGUUUCAUGGCGCCUGUCUCAUAGCACCCCGUGCCUGGCCACUGCGUUAUCGAGCGAGGGUUGUUUUGGACUUAUUCUGUUCUCUUUCUUGUCCGUCGGGUAUGGCAGUCACUUGGACACCACGCAAGGCUCUAAUACACAUCGCCUACUUGUCUAGCCACCUCGGCAGGGGACCAGAGUUGCAAGCUGUGGUUGAGCGCUCAUAUGUGAAAGAUGACAUAUCGAAUAGUGCAGUCACACUACAGCAAUACGUGUUGACGCUGUUAUUGUCAGGCUACACCUUGGACCUCGACUGGCAGAGGGCACUACUAUGCCCUUGGCGGCGUGGAUAAUCCUUUGUACGGCAAAAGACCCGAGGGAGGGGGAGUGCUCCCGGGGUUGGAGGUUAAUAUUUACAAUGCACAAAUGCCGCCC